UUGUUCGCCACUAUUAUUGAAAGUUCAAGGUUGUAUCUUUUGUAAACUCUAGCGUAUUUUACCGUUUCCAACUCCUAGACAAGCCUUGAUUACUCAAUAUGUCUGUGAGAUUUGAAACCCCACAUUUGACCUUCCGUGCGAUUACGUACAAAAACUGCAACGAGCCGUUCCAAAUCACCGAGGAAACCAUUACCUUGACCAAAACCUCCAAUGAGGGCUACACUGUCGGAGACGAUGAGCUUUUGGUUGAAGUUCACGCCGCUGCGUUGAAUCCCGUUGACCUUUACCUCUACAACAGCAGUUACUGGAUUUUUGGGAAUAAACCCAAGGGGCUAGGCCGUGACUACUGCGGGGUAGCGGUAAAGGUCGGCAGCAACCUUUCCGCAAAGUUUUCAGUUGGUGAUAGGGUAGCAGGGGUUUACACGAGACCAUUUGGCCCCGGAACCGUUUCGGAGUACGUUCUUAUCAACCACAAGAAGUUCGGUUCCACCCUGAGAGUCCCUCCAGGAGUUUUGUUGACCGAUGUCGAACUAGCAGCCUGGCCAUUGGUGUUUAGUACGGCCGCCGAGGCCUUGGAGGUUCACAGAGGUUCCAAGCCGAUCGGAAAGGACUCUGUUGUGUUAGUCAUUGGGGGUGCUACCGCCGUGGGCCAAAACUUGAUCCAAUUGGCGAAGAAUCAUUACCAGGUGAAGAAGAUCGUGAGUGUCAACUCUGCUAGCUCUAAUGCGUUUGUCACAGGGUUGGGGGCUGACUACACGAUCGACUACACCGUGCACCAAAACCUCCUUAAACCCACCUUGGAGAUUAUCAAGACCGAAUUGGAGGGUGAAAAAUUCGACUUUAUCAUGGAUACGGUCGGUGGGUCGGACUAUUUUUCGGAUAUUAAUCUGGUCUUGAAGCCGAGAAAGGAAGGGUCAGGGUACGCUACAAUUGUGGGUGACCAGAAAUCUAACUACGUUUCCGCCAACAUUUUUAAAGUCUUGACGUUUUUCGGGAUAUUCGCCAGGAUAAUCAGCAGUGCCUUGGGCUGGGGAUUCAAAUACAGUUAUUUCCUUCUCACUCCAUCUGAGAAAUACACCUCAUGGGCUAUGGAUAUGUUUGAGGAAAAGAAGUUGAAGGUUACGGUAGAUUCCUGCUACGCCUUUGAAGACCACCAGAGUGCACUUGCCAGACUUUCCUCGAACAGGGCCCAGGGGAAGAUUGUUAUCAAGGUUAAGAAAUCUUUAUAAGUGAGGAAAUGAAUUGGAUUCUCACCGAUCAGUUUUUCUUUUCAAUUGUUAUUUUUAUUUAAAUUUCACAUAUUUUUAAAUUUUAAUAAGCC